AAAGGAAGAAACAAAGAAGGAAGGAAAAGAAGGAAAAGGAGCUUACCAAAAAGCCAAUUUCAUCUCAGCCAGAGAACGCGGAACCCCAAAAAAAUAAAAAAUAAAAAAAUAAAAACAAUUAUUUUUUAUUUUUAUCAUUAUCAUUAAAUAUAUUUUUGUGUAGAAGAGAAGGUGGUGCUGGUGCCAUCCAGUUCUUCUCCCACCCAUCCCUAAAAAAAACCUCCCCAUAUCCUCUCUCUCUCUCUCUCUCUCUGUCUCAAUCUCAAUCUCCCCAUCUCUCAAUUUUCAUCUUCCAAAUCUCUCCCAGACCCAAUUCUUUCUAUGACCAUCAGACCCUAAAAAAACCUUCGAUUCUUGGCCAUGAGGAGGGGCAGAGGAGCCGCCGCCAGAGCCGCAGCAGCGACGCCGGCAGAACCCACCGGAUCCAGGCCCAAUAUCGCCAACGAGGUCCGGUAUCGGGGGGUCCGCAAAAGACCAUGGGGACGGUUCGCGGCCGAGAUCCGAGACCCGUGGAAGAAGACCCGGGUUUGGCUCGGCACCUUCGACUCGGCCGAAGACGCCGCUCGAGCCUACGAUGCCGCCGCUCGCAUCCUCCGCGGCCCCAAAGCCAAGACCAACUUCCCGGUCUCAUGUGCUUACCCUCCUCCCUUCUACAACAACCCGACCGACCAGGCCAUUGAGACGAAGCUUUUCGGGUCGGGUUAUGGGUUUCAGGACCACCCGGUUGUCGAUCCGCAGAGGCCCACGUCCAGCAGCCUCAGCUCCACCGUCGAGUCGUUCAGUGGGCCCCGGCCGCCGCCUCAGUCUACUACGAUUGCCGCCGAGUCGUCUCGGCGGAAACGACAGCCGAGGACCCCGCCGGUUGUUCCCGAGGACUGCCACAGCGACUGCGACUCCUCGUCUUCAGUUGUGGAGGACGACGGGGAUUUCGCCGCGUCGUCGUCGUUUCGGAAGACCCUGCUGCCCUUCGAUCUCAAUUUCCCGCCGUUGGAUGAGGAGGGGGAGUUGGGCGGUGGGGACGGUCAGGAUCUAAGAUGUACGGCUCUAUGCCUCUGAUAUUGUUUGAUGUUACUAUGAUGUUGAUCUUCGUUUGAUGAAGAUGAUGAUCAAUGAUUCAAUUUUUUUUUUUUUUCCCUUUUAAAUUUUUAUAAUCUCUUUUCUUUUUUUCAUUUCUAUUAUUAUUAUUGUGCGGAGGAAAAUGAAAAGAAGAUGGUUAGAUUAGAAGAUUAUGGUAAGAUGAUCUUAUCUCUGUAUU